AUGGCGAAGCAAAAAUAUUUAGAUGCUCUCAUCUCUUGUUCCCAAGGAAUACGUCCACGUCAUAAGAGGCUCGUAUUCCCUCUCGUGCCUGGAGGCCUAUCUCACCGAGGCCAGUCAACUCGGGCAGCUCAUCCGCCGACAUCAAGCCCAGCCCAGCCAUUUAAAGCAUUCUUCCUGUCAAACCCGAAAGUUUCUGCAUCUUCUGCAUCAUUAGACAUCGCCGAUAUGUCCCUCCAAAAAGGAAAAGGCAGAGCAUUUGAUGUCGAUGUAGACUCUGAUAUGUAUCCUGAACCCAAACCGGAACAUAUUGCAGCUGGAUCGAAUACUCCAAGAUCAGCAACCGCCAUACCUCUAGCACCAUAUCCACCACCGCAUAUCCCUCUAUCCGCCUAUACUCCCGUUCCCCCCCUCACACUCAAGUCUCGACUAAAAAUAUACAUGGCCCUCUCAAAGUCUCGUCUCACGACCCUAGUCGUCCUUACGGCCAUGUCAGGCGCUGCACUAUGCCCCCUUUCAACGACCGUGCCGGCUCUUCUAGCAACGGCAGCUGGAACAGCGUUGUGCUCGGCCGCAGCGAAUACAUUUAAUCAAAUCGCCGAGGUCCCGCUUGACGCUCAGAUGGUCCGAACUCGUACUCGUCCGCUUGUCCGUCGCAUGAUAUCUCCUGCACAUGCUGCUGCGUUUGGUAUAGUAGCUGGUGCUAGCGGUGUCACGAUUCUCGCGACGCUUGUUAACCCAUUGACGGCUGGACUCGGUGCACUCAACAUCGUAUUAUACUCUGGCGUUUAUACUUAUAUGAAACGACGGAGCAUAUUGAACACAUGGGUUGGUGCUGUCGUUGGAGCUAUACCACCUCUCAUGGGGUGGACGGCUUGCGACGGGCAUUUAAUUCCUUCAGCAGAACAUCCUCUGGUUUACAUCUGGCCAUCCAGUACCAUCGAUAUCGCCAACUCUCUUCCGCUAGACAAUCCACUGGCUGCAGCAACCCUUUUCGCAUUUUUGUUUGCCUGGCAAUUUCCUCACUUCAACGCGGUGUCUCACUUGACACGGGUAGGAUACGCUCAAGCAGGAUAUAAAAUGCUGUCCGUUCUCAACCCACAGCACAAUUCGCUUGUUGGGCUGAGAUACGCACUAGCGUUUAUUCCCAUCUGUUCAGUGAUGGCUCCCUUGAGUGGCCUAACUACGUGGUGGUUUGCGCUUACCAGUCUACCUUUGAAUGUAUGGCUCUCAUAUGGAGCAUGGCAGUUUGGAGAGAAGGUACGGAAAAGGCUGCCAGGAAAGUGUGGAGGCAAUGUUUGA